AUGGGAACAGGGGACAGACUGCUGGACAUCCCCUGCAAUGUAUGCGGUGAUAGAAGUUCUGGAAAACAUUAUGGCAUUUACAGCUGCGACGGUUGUUCGGGCUUCUUUAAGAGGUCGAUCCAUCGAAAUCGUGUGUACACGUGCAAGGCGGGUGGAGAGAUGAAAGGCCGCUGUCCAGUAGACAAGACACACAGGAAUCAGUGUCGAGCCUGCAGACUCGCCAAGUGUUUUCAAGCCAACAUGAAUAAAGAUGCUGUUCAACACGAACGAGGUCCUCGCAAGCCGAAGCCACAUCCGGGGGUGCUGGGCUCACUCCCGCCGCCUCUCGCGCACACACACAAGCCGCACCCUUUGAAAUUGUCUCCGCAGUCGCCUUAUACAUCUCUUACACAACCGUUUAAUUUUCAGUUUAAUAUAAGCGGAUUAAACGAAUCAGCACCAUUGAGCACAGCUUCUUCUGCGGGUUCAAGUGGAGCCGGUGGCGCCGGUGCCGUGAGUCCACUACCCUUCAUCCCCGAGCCGUUUCUGGCACCGCCACCACCUGGGUUACUUCAUAUACUCAUGUCUAGCGAUAAGUGUCAGGAACUAAUGUGGAGUGCAAAGCAGUUGCAACUUCAGGGUGAUCCGUCUUUACUGCGGCCGCCAGCGAAUGCAUUCGGGACUCCGCUGGCACCGACUUGGGAACUAUUGCAAGAGACAAGCGCACGCCUUCUUUUCAUGGCAGUGCGCUGGGUUCGGUGCUUAGCACCGUUCCAAGCGCUAGCAGCCAGUGACCAGCUCGUAUUACUACGUGCAGCGUGGAAGGAUCUGUUCGUGCUUCACCUCGCACAGUGGUCCGCACCCUGGGAUCUCGCGCCUUUGCUGGCCGCACCUGCCGCUAGAGCGAGACUCCCACCAGAGCCGCUUGCGGAUCUUGAAUUGAAUACGUUACAGGAAAUUUUAUGCCGGUUUCGUCAAAUCGCGCCUGAUGGCAGCGAAUGUGGCUGCAUGAAAGCAAUUGUGCUGUUCUCACCAGGUUUGACAGACACGCCAGGUCUAAGCGAAACGCAGCCGGUUGAGAUGCUGCAAGAUCAAGCACAGUGCAUUUUAGCUGACUACGUCCGUACUAGAUACACAAGGCAACCCACAAGAUUCGGUCGUCUGCUUCUAUUACUGCCAUCUCUCCGUGCAGUGCGAGCACGCUCAAUUGAGUCACUUCUGUUCCGCGAGACUGUGGGUGACGUAUCAGUGGCGACGCUGUUACACGACAUGUACAGAAUGCAACCCGCCCCCACACCAGCCUUCCAACCUCCCCAACUUCAGACCAAUGAUCAUUGCUCAUCUCCUUAUGCUGAAUCCAAAGACUUUUAG